AGAACGGCGGGCACACCCCAGCGCCCACGCGGAUGUCUUUUACGGAUCAACAUGGCGGCUUCCAGUGGAAAGUCUGUAAUAUUCGUGUGCUUGGGGAAUAUCUGCAGAUCCCCAAUAGCUGAGGCUGUUUUCAGGAAAAUGGUUACAGACACUGGAGCGGCGGACAAGUGGAGAAUAGACAGUGCGGCAACAUCCACUUAUGAGAUCGGAAACCCCCCGGAUCCCCGCGGCCAGGCUUGCAUGAAGAGACACGACGUGUCCAUGAGGCACGUGGCGCGGCAGAUCACUAACGAUGACUUCAUGACGUUCGAUUAUAUUCUCUGCAUGGACGAAAGCAACAUGAGGGAUCUGAAUAAGAAGGCAAACAGCGUGAAGCAAUCUAAAGCCAAAAUUGAGCUGCUUGGCAACUAUGACCCCGAAAAACAACUGAUAAUUCAAGACCCGUACUAUGGGAGUGAUAAAGACUUUGAGGUGGUGUAUGAACAGUGUGUGAGAUGCUGCAAAGCGUUUCUGGAGCAGCACUCAUAACACACGUGUGCACGUCCCCAGCAGCGCUCCCACCUGAUCACACAGUGCUAGUUGUACUUUAAUCUCUUGCAAACGAUACUGAAGUUUUUCUGUUAGGAAAACACACAGAAUAAACACUUGCAAUGUUUUUGUCUUAAGUGUAAAAUAAGUUGUAAUAUGCAGGUUUGAGCAUCUAUAAACUGAUUUUGUUGACUGUACCGUUCUGUUCAUCCAAAAUAAACUAAUACUGAAAUCA